AUGGGACCAACGUCCAUCCCCUCCAUAGGACUCGUGGAUCUCAGCAGUAUUUCCGACGACAGCUUCUCAGAGAGCCUUACAUGGACGGGAGAGGGGUCGUCCGGCAAAGAACACACGGUUCAGAGGAGUCAGAUUGUUGCAAUCGUCCCCUGUCCUGAGAACAAGAAGCUACUAUCUUAUAUUUGGCUGGAAGAUUCCAUCUCCCCUCCCUCCUCUUCUGCGCUCGACGAGCAGCCAGAACAGCAGUAUAGAUUAAAAAGAUUCGAGUCGGCUGGCGAAUGCCCCGCGCCCCUCAGUCAAUUUGUCUUCAAGCCGCGGCCGCCCCAUGGGCAUAAGCCACAUCACCAUCUCUACCCCUCCACCACCGCCCAUGAACCCAACUUGCACAUCAUCAUAUCCACGAAAUCAGGCACCCAGCGCGCCUCCUCCUUCUACACCACAGCCCUGAAGCCCCUCUUAGCAUUUCUCAACCUCGCCGAACACAGUGACUACUGCACCCAUCUCACCCAGUCACCGCAGACAAUCACCCAGCUCGCCCAGUGCAUCUUUCUCCCCCGCGCCCAGCUAGGGAUUGAGCAGACCAUCAUCCUCCUGGCGGGGGAUGGGGGCUUAGUUGAUCUUAUCCAAGUGCUCUUGUCGGAGUGUCGCAGCAGUGAUGUCUUUAGGUGUCCUGUUGUGUGUCUGGUGCCGAUGGGGACGGGGAAUGCCAUGGCUAAUUCCGCGGAGAUUAUUUCUGGGCGGGAUGUGACGGUGGGGCUGAGGGUGUUAGUGGGAGGGGUGGAAAAGGGGCUGCCGACGUUUCGGGUGGGGUUUUCGGAGGGGGCAAGGUAUGUGACGGAUGAGGGGGGGCGCGGGGGCAGAGAGCUGAUCUGUGGUGGAGAUGGAGGUGAAGGUGGUAAGGGGCUGGAGAUCUUCGGUGUUGUAGUGUUUAGUUGGGGCAUGCACGCGUCGCUUGUUGCGGAUAGCGAUACUGCUGAGUACCGCCGUUUCGGGCGUGAGAGGUUUCACAUGGCAGCAAAGGAAUUGCUGUUCCCGUCCGAUGGGAGUCCGGCGCAUGUGUAUAAGGGGCAGGUUAUGGUUACCACUACAAAGGGGAAGGGGGGGGUGCUCCAGACGCGCCCGCUGAAGCAAACGGAACAUAUGUAUGUACUUGUCACGUUGUGCUCGACACUAGAAAAGGGGUUUACGAUAUCGCCUGAAUCCAGGCCGCUGGAUGGGAGGCUACGAUUUGUGUAUUUCGGGCCGCUGGGGUCGGAGGAGAUCAUGGAGAUUAUGCAGUUGGCGGCUACGGGGGGAAGGCAUGUGAUGGAGAAAAGGGAUGUUGUGGAUUAUGAGGAGGUUGAGGGGGUGAGGAUUGAUUUCUGUGAGGGGGAGAGGGAGGAGAGGUGGAGGAGGGUUUGUGUGGAUGGGACAAUUGUGGUUGUGGAGGAUGGGGGGUGGGUGGAGGUCAAAAAGGGGGGAAGGGAAGUGGUGAGGUUGGUGGUGCCGGUUGGGAAUGGGGGCGGAGAACGGGGUUGA